GCUUUUUGUCGUCAAUAUUUGCAGGCUAUAGAAAGUGAACUUCGACAUGGCUAGCAGUUCAACAUCUGUGUGUUUUUUGUUAGCUUUGAGCUGUUUGCUGAUGCACUCGACACAGUUCACGUCAUCUGCUGUUAGUGUUGUUCGACCUGCUGAAAUUAAUUCAGCUCAUUACAACCCUGAUGAAGUUUUCGACGAAUUUGGAAAUCUGUACCAAGAAAUCGAGCAGGAAACGGAAACCGACAUUCCAGUUGCCUGUGAUCCAGAGUGUUUGCAUGGAGGAUCAUGCAGACCAGAUGGUACAUGUGAAUGCGUAGGAGACUUUACUGGAGACUAUUGCCAAUGCUUGACAGAAGAAUCGCUGUGCAAAGAUGAAUGCGGUGGGCCAGGUCAAAUUUGCCAGGCCAAAUGUGAUUCUUUUCAGUGUUUUUGUACCAAUGGAACCCAGUCCAGUUCGGAUGGCAGUGGAUCAUGUGAAAACAUCAAUGAGUGCAUGAUAGCAGCAUUUGAGGAAAUCGACUUGUGUCCAGACCAGUAUGCGGUAUGUGAAGAUGUGGAUAUAACUGAACAGGGAUCAGAAUGGGAUGGCCUUGGUUACAAAUGCACUUGUCCAAGUGGCACAGAAGAGGAUCAGGGAUCCUCAAGCACAACUUCCAGCCUUCUUGAUGCUUUCAGAGAUCCAUCACAGAUCAUAUGCAAAGUCGUGGAUCAAUGCGAAUUGCCAAAUAUCUGCACGGGACCCGGGGAAGUCAACGGAACUUGCAAAGAUUCGGCAGGAUUUUUGCCAACCUGUGAUUGCGAAGCGCACUUUUUCCAAAACACCCAACCGACUGAUGAAGUAGAGGACAAAUGCUUCAGCCACCGGAAGUGCUUUGAUGUGACCCCUGAAACCACAAACUGCACCUACUCAAAUUAUUACCCAGAAACCUGUUCAAUGAGUUUGGGUGAAAUAACCUGCAGUUGUCCAACUGGUUCCGAACCUGCAGAGGAUCCAGUCAUAGAAGGAGGAAACCUGUGCAUUUCACCUGCAGGUUCGGAGUGCACUGAAGAUCAGGUGAAUGCUUGUGGAAUUCAUCUACCUUGCCUGAAAGCAGAGGAUGGAAAUACCACUUGCAGUUGCAUUGAAAACACAAUCCCUGGCCCUGAUGGCAAAUGUCAUGAAAACAACAGCACGCAAAUCGAGUGUUCCCAGGCAGACGAGGACUACUGCGCCAAUUCCAUAGCAUCAGAGCCCACUUCCGCAACUUGCAAAUACAACGGUGAAACUGGACAGAAAAUGUGCGAGUGCCAAUCCGGGUUCACAAACAACCCAAAGGCUCCUCCGCCAUUUGCGCCAUGCAUUCCAGAUCAGAAACUUUGCGAUGACGUGGAAUGUGAAGAGGAUCAAACUUGUGAGAUUGAUGAAAAUGGAGUUCCUGGGUGUAAAUGCACCUCUGAGUAUUUCACCCUGGAUGAAAACACUGCAAAAUGCGUUGCUGUUCCAACGAACUUCAAUCCAUCAAAUCUCUUUGAUGUCAGUAUGCAACUCACUUUGACUCAAAAUGAAACCGACUGGCUGUUGGCGGACACGGAGAUGAAUGGCGUGGUUUUUGCAAAAUAUCAGCACUUGUUGAUGAACAUGAUCAACAGAGUCGAUCCGAAUGCAGUUGCGUACAUUACUCGGUUUUCACGAGCGACAUCUACCCUGAAAAAGCCAGGUGACCAAGUGGCGUGCUCCACUUUCCGGCCAGUGUGCCCUGAAGGAACCAGCUGUGUUGAUGGAUCCACUUACUUUGGCAUCUCAUCCCCAUUCACUUGCACAUGUGGAAAGGGUUACCAAGGCAUUGGCUUGUCCAUGGACAUGUACACUGAAAUCUGCCAAGACAUAGAUGAAUGCAGUGUCGCAGGCAAUAAUGGGACUGAAGCAGCAUACUGUCAAGGUGAUGACGCCUAUGUUUGUGUGAAUCAACCUGGUGAAUACAAGUGUUUGUGCAACGAAAAGAACGGGUUCUCUGAAUUUUCGGAGCCUUGGGCAACAGGGAAUGAAACCGUCAAUUGUGUUGAAGUUUGUGACCCGCGUUUGACAUUUGCUUCCACAUGCGAGAAAAACAAGGGCAAAUGUGAAUUCGACCUGGGCUCUAGAGAACCCAUUUGCAGAUGCGAUUCCGGAUACAAGGGAACGUUUUGUGACGAGAAGAUCGAGAAGUCCAGUGAUGCAGCCAUCGUCGGCGGAGUCCUUGGAGGAGUUUUGGCAUUGGUUAUCAUCGUGGCUGAGUCCGGUGAUGCAGCCAUCGUCGGCGGAGUCCUUGGAGGAGUUUUGGCAUUGGUUAUCAUCGUGGCUGGUGUCAUGAUUUACAGGUGA